AAGGAAGUUGCUCGACUGAUGCGAAUACAUGUAUCAAAUGUUGUCAUAAAUGGUCGUUGUUGUACCAAGAAAAAAGAAAAUAUUGCAGAAUUUUUAUCGUGCUGCACGCUUUGGACGAUUUGAAAGUAUUUAAUUUACAUUGACUUGGGCUUUAGACUGUCUUUCUGAAAUGGCGGACCCAUUAGAUCAGCUUGAGUUCAACCUUACAGAACUUUUGAGAGAUUACAAAGACACCAAAGAGGUCUUGAGAGCACUUCAAGCUUCGGUUGAUGUCUUCUUUCUUUUCACUAUGUCUAUCAUAAUUUUCUUCAUGCAGGCAGGGUUUGCCUUACUGGAGUGCGGAGCAGUAAGAAGCAAGAACACCACCAACAUUCUCAUCAAGAACAUGCUUGAUGCUUAUAUAUCAGGAAUAGCUUACUGGGGAUUUGGAUACGCGCUUGCGUUUGGUGAGCCGGACAACGCAUUUCUAGGAUGGCGCUACUGGUUCAGCGAGGGCAUCCCUGACGAAAAACUAAGUCACUGGUUCUUCCACUUUGUGUUCGCAGCCACCGCUGCCACCAUUGUGUCAGGAGCUAUGGCAGAGAGAUGUGAAUUUAUAGCUUACUUCUUCUAUAGCUCCAUGAUUACAGGAUUUGUCUAUCCGAUUGUAACCCACUGGGCGUGGUCAGAGAAGGGUUGGCUGGCAGUUGGCUUUGGCGGCGUGGGGUAUCAGGACUUUGCAGGAAGCGGCGUAGUCCAUCUACUGGGUGGGACUGCAGCGUUAGUUGGGGCAGCGUUUCUUGGUGCUCGCAUUGGUAGAUUUGAUGAUGACGGGACACCGAAACCUAUCUCCGGACAUAAUGUGCCUUUGGCUGCGUUAGGUGGAUUCAUCUUGAUGUUCGGAUUUUUCGCUUUCAACGGAGGUUCGCAGGCCUCAGUCUCCAAGUCAGGCGACGGUUUAGCUAUAUCCCACGCCAUGAUGAACACCAUAAUCAGUGCCAGCUUUGCUGCCUUCACCGCACUGUUGGCUAAAAAAUUUGGUCCUGCUGUAUACUAUUGUGAUCGCCAUAGCACUGACGACUGGAAGUUAUUGAGCACGAUUAACGGUGCUCUAACCGGAAUGGUUGCCGUUUGCGCUGGCUGUAACGUGAUGGAGCCGUGGGCAGCUUGUGUGUUGGGUCUGAUCUCCGGCAUCACGUACCUGCUCUGGAGCUGGGGUGUGGAGAAAAUGAAAAUUGACGACCCCUUGGACGCCGUAGCAGUACACGGUGGCGGUGGGCUCUGUGGUCUUCUUCUGGCACCUAUACUGAAAAUAGACGGGAUAAUCUACAACCCUAGCAACACCGACGCUUGGUUGGGUUUUGGCGUAAAUAUGCUUGGCGCUGUUGCGAUAAUUUUCUGGACAGCAGCCAUCAGUGCGAUCAUUUUUGGAUCCUUAAAGGCAUUUAAGCUGUUAAGAGUCGAACAAGAACUCGAAAUUAGAGGACUGGAUGUCCCCAAGCACGGUGAACCUGCCUACCCGUCUGAGGCCUGGGGAGACGGCUGGAGCGCUGGCCACAUUAACGCUAAAGGGAAAAACCGGAUGAACAGUUCAGGUGGUCUGGAAACCUUCGUCCUUCCUGUGGUAUUGCCAGGGCAAGAGGGUGAUGAUAAAAGCGGGACUAGGAAAGAUAGUCAGGUUAACUUUAACUUGGAAAACAGCGACGCAGAUGGUUACAGCAAUGAAGCAUUUUCGGAGAAAGGGGAAAGCACCAAAUUUUGAUAUGCCUUUUCUGAGCGUAAUUACAUGCAUGGCGCAAAUCGACACUGAAAUAUAUUUUUUUUAAUUAACUGAAAUGUUUAUUGCAUCGGCGACAGUCCAACUUGGAAAACUAUAGAAAGAGUCACAUUAUGAAGAUAUGGUGUAGUGGUAGUGCGUAAUUAUGGCGUGGUUUGCCACACCUCUAGCCGCCGGUGAACUGCUUUUGUUAUUUUUCCUUAUUCCUUAUUUUAUAUAAACUAAAACAUAAUUAUAGAACUGCUCAAAGUAGAUAAGUAUAUUCUCUAUGUAGAAUCUACAUUAUCGGGUAAUUUAACUUUCAGAGAGUGUUUUUUCCUCUGGUUUUUUUUUUUUUUGUAAAUACUGCUCGUGGGGUUUCAAUACACUAGUAGUGGUACUAAGCGUCAAUUUAAUUGCAGUAAUAGGUUAUCAGUAGUCUUAACUUUUACUACACCAUUAAACGUUAUUUUGUACUUGCUUUCUCUUACUGAUCCCAAUAAUGAAUGCCUUCACCCGGGCACUAACUUACGUUGAACAUAAAUGUUUUGAGUCCUUUUGUCUCCUGGCGUCUUUAUGUUUUCCCCUUAAAAUUAUUUAUCUAUAGUACCCUAAAAUACCAAUUAAAAAUGCACAAAACACUAAAAUGUAAGAUGGGCACCAUGUGAACUGUAACAGGGGGAAUUUUACCAUGAUGUAAAAUGCAAUAUAUGUACAUGUAUAAUAGCAAAAAUGAUUAUAAUUUGUAAUAUUUUGGCUAUAACCGUCUAGUAAACGGCUGAGUAAAUACAAUUAGUUGGUGUUAUUUCUUUCAACGGAUUAUUUUCAUUGUUCAAAAGAAAGGUGUAAGUAAGCAUU